AAGAACACCUCGCCGUAAACUCGGUAAAGAGUUACUGAAAAGAACAUUUUUAUCCGAGACCCGCCUCCACCCCCGCCGAUACAGACUACUCCUAUUGUCCUAAUACGGAAAUACUACAAUGAGGCUCUGUGCCCGGCAUAUGAGCAAUUUUUGACCCAAUUAAGAUGGCGGCCAAACGAAAGCGGCCCGUCGGUCCUUGCUGACGGUCCGACUUACACGUCUGCAACGCCCGUUCAGUGUCAUUUCUGCGAGACCGAAGUCUCUUGGCUACCCUUGGCGGCGAUGACGAGCCAGAGAUCAUACCAGACCUUCGCACGCAUCUCUCGAGAAAGAAAAUCGAAGACUCAAAACACACGACCCUCCCAUCCGCUUCAAAAUGGCAUCUCAAGACAUCAUUUCCAUCUUCCAGGCCUUUCUGGAAGCAGUGAACAACAAGAAGUGGGAUGAAGUCCACAACCACCUCCAGCCUGUAGUGAGAGCAACCUACAACGAAAACACAGAAAGCAGAGACCAAUUCAUCAACCGCCUCACCACGACGGCCGAGAAGGGCAGCCUCCUCAGCGCAGACCAGUUAACCGUCAACGAGGCCGCCCAAUCCCUCGGCACCCGCCUCGUCACAACCACAAGCGAUGCCCCUGAGGGAACCCCAUCCAAGGUCUGGGACCUCGUUCUCGUCUUCUUCGAGAACGGCAAGAUUGCCCGUCUCUACCAGGUCGCGAACCAACAAAGCCGGGGAGCAGGUCCCGUGCCCGCGCCGCCGUUCGUGCCCGAGUACGCCGCCAAGGCCUCCCAGAACCCAAUCUCGGCCGCCGAGAUCGAGGCGCUGUACCGCAAGUACAUCUACAGCUACAACGACGGCACGAUGCCCACCGUGCUGCCGGCGCUGUGGGCGGAGACGAUCUCGAUGCACGGAAACCUGGUGCCGGCGGUCGGGGCCGUGGGGUUCCUGGGCAAGAUUCUGCUGCCUGUCAUCGCCGGACUCAAGUAUGAGGUUGACGAGUUUGUGGUUGAUGUGAAGAAGCAGCAGAUCGCCGUCAGGCUGUCCAUCUCAGGCGUACCUCAGAACAAGAAUCUGCAGAAGAACGGCCCUGAUGGGGAGGUGACUGUCUAUGAGCAUGCUUUGUACGGAUAUGAGGAGGGCAAGGUUGCUUGGGCUUGGGCCGCACAGGCUUUCGACAUGAGACCUCCCUCGUUGUAGGGUCGUGGGCAGUGAUGCUCCCAUGAUUGACCGAAAUAGCGUUUCGAUUUUCGGUCAAUAUCAUGAUCAGACGCCUAAACGAAGCACAUCAAACAGUUAGACUUGAUUCAUAACCGAUCGGCUGAUUUUUGCUGCGUCUGGAAGAUCCUACCACUAUACCCGACUCAUCACGCAGUUCAGCCUCUCAAACCCCAAGCAUCUCACCUUCAGUGCUGCAUGUGGGUACGCCUCAGAGAUCGUUUGUUGUCUCCAAUCUUAUUGAAGACACACCCUUGCUGCUUGUGCAUCCUGUACGUCGAGUAAAUAAAUCUUAUUUCCAUUAUUUAUGGCA